CACAAAGUAUAAGAGGAAGGAAUGAAAGCAUGCGCUCACUAUCUCUCAGCACACACACUGAAAACAUGAAGAGAUUAUACAUCAGGAAACGCACAACAUUCUCUACCCAUGGUAUAUAGACAUGGAAUUCUGACACAAUAAGACGGAAGCAUUGCCAACACCUGAACACGACUAGACUGCUGAAGGGCACACAAAGUUGAUUCGUGCCAACUUGAGAUCCAGUGAGGCAGUAAAAACAACAGACGGUGUGCCUCCAGAUUUCUUCUUCCUUGAAGGUCACCCCCUCCUCUUCCUCCGUCAUGACUGCCGGGCUGACGGUCACGCUCCUGAUGGCGGUGGGCCUCUCGCUGCCAGGCCUCAUCCACUGCUUCUUACCGCUCUUCUCAUUUGAUGGGAAUUCCACCACUCACCGUGACAUCACACAAAGGGCGGUCCUUAGAAAGACGGCCGAGGUCUGCCGAGAUAUUGCUGCCUCCGAGGGACGAGACUUCAGCCUGACCAUCGAUGACAGACUGUCGGCCUCCGAGGUGCAAAGGGCCUGUUCCUCCACAGGCACUUCCACGUCUCUCCUCUCCAGUGUCUUGUACCAUACUUCCAUUGCCAAUAUGUACUUCAGCAACGCAAAAGUGGACGUGGUGUUUGCCCUGAGUGAAGAGCACCAUUUUGAUGACGAGACCUUCCAGGGAGGACGGGACGUGAUCACAGCAGGCGUGGCCGCUGUCAAGGCCAGUGUGAAGCUGGAGAACUUUGUCGCAGGGAGAUGGACCCUCGGACGGGUGUGUCACACCCUACAGGAUUUCUACAGCCACAGUAACUGGGUGGAGUUGGGAAACAAAGCUCCCUACAGCACGCUGAUCAGACCAGACCAACCUCUUGAGAAUCUGGCAGGCCCGAGUACUCCAACCUGUAGAAACUGUACAGGAGGAAACUGUGCCGACAACCUUCUGCCCGACCUGCUGCAGCAGGGGCUUCUCACCUCGGGCUACUUCAACAUCUUCUCCUCAGCAAAGCCUGCAGGUAAAUGCAGCCAUGGUGGUUUGUUCGACCUGACGAGCAAACAGGAGCCAGUGGGGGGCAUCAGCAAGGAUGACGUCGGGUCUAGUCACGGCUCACUUCACCACACGGCGGCGGAUUUGGCUGUGAAUGCCACAAUGGAACUACUGGAGGACAUCAAGGCAGCUGUGGGAGACAAAAACUUCUUGCGACUGAUGGGCCUCUCGCAGUCUUCGGCGCUGUGUUUCGUCAUCGACACCACCGGCAGCAUGAGCGACGACAUCGCCGAGGCAAAGAGGGUUUCCUUCGACAUCAUCGACAGUAAGAGGGGAACCCAGGACGAGCCCUCUGCCUACAUAUUGGUACCUUUCAAUGACCCAGGAUUUGGACCUCUGCUCAUGACAACUGACGCCGAUAUAUUUAAAGCCAACAUCAACAAGCUGUCUGCGAGUGGAGGAGGAGACAUCCCAGAGUUGUGCCUGUCUGGACUGCAGCUUGCCCUGACUGCGGCUCCACCCUCCUCCGAGAUCUUUGUCUUCACUGAUGCUCCAGCGAAAGAUGCCCAUCUGAAAAGCACCAUCAGCGCUCUCAUCGAGAGCACCAAGUCUGUGGUUACUUUCAUGUUGACAGAUGUCCGGGCCAGUCGACGGCGCCGCAGUAACACUAGGGGUGGGAGUUCACGGGCAAUGGGCCAAUCAGAUGCCCAGCUGUACCGUGACCUGGCCCGGACUUCUGGAGGUCAGGCCAUUGAGGUCAGCAAGUCCGACCUUUCUGUAGCUACAGCUGUUAUACAGGAUUCAACAGCCAGCGCUGUGGUGACAGUUUUUCAGGUAGUGAAGAAUCCUGGAAGCCCUGAUAAUUUUACAUUUACUGUUGAUGGUUCACUGAUGAACAUGACUGCAUACAUCACGGGAGCCUCAUCUCUCACCUUCGAUCUCACCAGCUCCACAGGUUUAUCGCAGAGUUCCAGUCAGUCCAGUGGUCCUCUGGCAUCUUCCACUACGGCAGGAAACCUACGUCGCUUAAGCCUCAACACUGAUAAUCAAACAGGAUCAUGGCAAAUCCGUGUUAACUCCAAUAGUCCCUAUUCUGUUAAGGUCACAGGUCAGAGUUCGGUGAACUUCAUCUAUAACCUUGUGGAAGCGCACAAAGGAGCCCACGGAGACUUCGGUCUAAAGGAGGGACGUCCUCUUUCGGGUGGAAAUGCCAGCCUCUUGAUGUCCGUGACAGGAAGUGACACAGUAAAGGUCACAGAGGUCAAUCUGUUUGACAGCUCGGGGCCAACGGUGGUCAACGGAUCAAUACAGUCGCUGGGAAGUGGUAACUUCCUGGUGACAUUCAGCGCGGUCCCAGCAGGUGACUUUGUGGUUCGUCUGAAAGGAGAGGACAGCAGCUCCUCCUCCAGGUCGACAGCGAGCGUUUUUCAGAGACAGGCCUCCACACAGAUGAAGACCUCCGGCAUUUCUGUAACUGCCCAAGCCAACAACACCAACGUGGAACCGGGCUCCACCAUCUCCAUCCCUUUCACAGUUGCCACGACCACCAACGGAGUUGUUAACAACUCUGCAACGGGGACGUUCGCGGUGCGAGCCAACAACGACCGCAGCUAUACUUCCACCUCACCCAGCACGCUCACCGUAGCGGCAGGAAGCGGAGGCACAGCCAACGGCACGGUAACCCUGACGGUACCGACCAGCGCCGCGUCGGGAACGGACGUGACCCUUACCAUCGAGGCCGAAAACGCAGCUGCCAGUGACGUUAACUACGCCGUCCUCAGGUUAUCUGUGACUGCCAAGGUGACAGAUGUUACCCGCCCUGUGUGCCAGGAAGUCAGUACAUCAACCGACUGUUCGUCCGCUUCAUCGCUCUGCUCUUCCUCAAAGUGGGAAUUCAUCGCCAAUUUCACUGACGGCGUCAACGGAACUGGCAUCGAGAGCAUCACCAUCCGCAAAGGGAACGGUACCCUCAACAGCAGCGCAUUGACCGGGGCAGGGGGCGAGAACGUCACAGUGGUUACCUACAGCGCCUCCUGCUGUUCGCAGAAUGUAGAGCUGACUGCUGUGGACAAGAUCGGAAAUGUGGGCACCUGUGUGGGACAGGCUCGAGAAGCGACCACAGCCGCGCCUGUGACUACAGCUGCAGUUAACACAACAUCCACAGGGGGGCACACUUUGAAGAUGUCACACUAUCUAUGGAUGACAGUCGCAGUUUCUCUCCUUUGGAAGUGAAAUAUAAACGUAAAUUGCUCUGUAAAUAUAGUCCUUACCAGUUCAACUGGUAAAUCACUCACUUGAUUUUAUUGGCCUACAACCGAUAUAUUGAGUAUAGGCAUGCAUAGAUAAAUAUAUAUUUAAAUAAUAUCAGACAAUUUAUAUUUAUAUCCAAAUUUUUUGCUCACUAAAAUCAAUACAAGCAUCAGCUCCAAACAUCCAGUUCUAGCCUUUAAUGAAAUAAAUUGAAUCUUUUGAUUAUCACGGAUUGUUGGAUGUAUAAUAAAUAUGGAAGAGCUACUUUGUACAAUUUAUUUAUAUUCAUAGUGGUGUGUGUAUAUUUGUAGCAAUAGUGUGGUGAUGAAGAUAAUGUAGAAGUGAAUGCAGCUGACAUUAAUGCAAUGGCUCCUACAUGUCAGACAAAAUUCAAAACAAAUAAUGAUGAAUAUUUUUCCACAAGUUGUUUUAAUUGAUGGCGUCUUCGGUGUGUAUCUUGGGGCAAAUUUGAGAAACAUGAUUGUAUUGAGGGGAUCUUUAAAGACAAGCUAAUGUCUUUGUGUCUUUGCCUUAUUGGCAGACCUUGUGGCUGCUGUAUGAUAAAUGGUGAUGAGCAAUAAACUGAACUCCACUCUUGA